GCCGCCGCUCCUCCGUGGCCUUUUUCGCUGUGUGCGACGGGCACGGCGGGCGGGAGGCGGCACAGUUCGCCCGGGAGCACUUGUGGGGUUUCAUCAAGAAGCAGAAGGGCUUCACUUCGUCCGAGCCAGCCAAGGUUUGCGCUGCCAUCCGGAAAGGCUUCCUCGCUUGUCACCUGGCCAUGUGGAAGAAACUCGCAGAAUGGCCAAAGACUAUGACAGGUCUUCCCAGCACAUCAGGGACAACUGCCAGUGUGGUCAUCAUACGGGGCAUGAAGAUGUAUGUAGCUCAUGUGGGUGACUCAGGUGUGGUUCUUGGAAUUCAAGAUGACCCAAAGGAUGAUUUUGUCAGAGCUGUGGAGGUGACACAGGACCAUAAGCCAGAACUUCCCAAGGAAAGAGAACGCAUCGAAGGACUUGGUGGGAGUGUGAUGAACAAGUCUGGAGUGAAUCGUGUAGUUUGGAAACGACCUCGGCUCACUCACAAUGGACCUGUUAGAAGGAGCACAGUUAUUGACCAGAUUCCUUUUCUGGCUGUAGCAAGAGCACUUGGUGAUUUGUGGAGCUAUGAUUUCUUCAGUGGUGAGUUUGUGGUAUCACCUGAACCAGAUACAAGUGUCCACACUCUUGACCCCCAGAAGCAUAAGUAUAUUAUUUUGGGGAGUGAUGGACUUUGGAAUAUGAUUCCACCUCAAGAUGCCAUCUCGAUGUGUCAGGACCAAGAGGAGAAAAAAUAUUUGAUGGGUGAGCAUGGACAAUCUUGUGCCAAAAUGCUGGUGAAUCGAGCACUAGGCCGCUGGAGGCAGCGUAUGCUCCGAGCAGAUAACACCAGUGCCAUAGUAAUCUGCAUCUCUCCAGAAGUGGACAGUCAAGGGAGCUCCACCAGUGAAGAUGAGUUCUAUCUAAACUUGAGUGACAGCCCUUCCUAUAAUAGUCAAGAAACCUGUGUGAUGCCUCCUUCCCCAUGUUCUACACCACCGGUCAAGGCACUGGAGGAAGAACCAUGGCCAAGGCUGAACUCUAAGGACCACAUACCUGCCCUUGUUCGUAGUAAUGCCUUCUCAGAGAAUUUUUUAGAGAUCCCAGCUGAAAUAGCUCGAGGGAGUAUCCAGGCUGUAGUCAUGCCCUCAAAAGAUCCAGAGCCACUUGAAGAAAAUUGCACUAAAGCCCUGACUUUAAGGUUGCAGGAUUCUUUGACUAAUAGCCUGUCAGUUGGCCUUGUGCCUACUAAUUCAGCAAACACCAUCGUGGACCAAAAAAAUGUAAAGAUGUCAACUCCUGGUCAAAUGAAAGCCCAAGAAGUUGAAAGAACCCCUCCAGCAAACUUUAAAAGGACAUUAGAAGAAUCUAACUCUGGCCCCCUUAUGAAGAAGCAUAGACGAAAUGGCUUAAGUCGAAGCGGUGGUGCUCAGCCUGCAAGCCUCCCCACAACCACUCAGCGAAAGAACUCUGUUAAACUGACCAUGCGACGCAGACUUAGGGGCCAGAAGAAAAUUGGAAAUCCUUUACUACAUCAGCACAGGAAAACUGUUUGUGUUUGCUGAAAUGUAUCUGGGCAAAGUUAGGAUAAAAGUGAGCUUUUUAAAUUUGGUGCCGAAAUCGAACUUUUUUAAAGGGGUAAAAUAAAAAGAGUAUAUACAGUUUGACUUUUUGGAAUUCAGCAAUUUUAUCCUGGCCUUGUACUUGCUUGUAUUAUAAAUGUGAAUUUUGUAGAUGUUAGGGUAUAAGUUGCCGUAAAAUGUGCGUGAAUUUGUAUCCUUCACACAAAAAUCAGUCUCUUACUCUGAUACACAGUAAUUGUGGCAAUAGGGCUAAAUAUUUAAAACAAAAAUCAAAAUAUCUAUUACAUUUUAGAAAUACAUUUAAACUUUUUAAAAUGCUUAUUAAAAAUUUGUAUAAGCCACUUGUGAUGGAAACUACACAAUUUUUUAAAGUAAAUUAUUAAGCAGACUGGAAAAGUGAUGUAUUUUCAUAGUGACUUGUGAUCCACUUACUGUUUCUUAGAGACUACUAGUGUCUUUUAAAGAUUAUUUUAUUUCUAAUUUCAUAAUUCAGAGCUAAUUUUUUCAUAGAAGUGUUGAGCCAUGCUAAUGUAGCUGGACUUUAGUCUUCUUAUCUCACUUGAAAUACUAUGCAUUAUCUUUGAUUAUAGUAGCAUUUUCUAAAACAGUAAUCACCAGAUAUACUCAGACUCUUUGGCAUAGAGGUGUUUUUGCCUAAAACAAUGCCCUUCGCAGUCAUCCCAGACCAAUGGCAUCAUGAGGUCUUAAAGUAGUUACCCUCUUCUAGUGUUUGCUUAAAAUAUGUGAAGUUUUUCUUGCUAUUUCAAUAACACAUGGUGCUGCUAAUCCCCAACAUUUCUUAAAUUAUUUUAUAUCAGACAGUUUCAUUGAUCAUAUGAGCAUACGUUUGUUCAUCUAAUAAAUCAGUGAACCAUUCUAA